AUGUCGCCUUCUCUUCUUGUUCUCUGUCUCCUUGCUGGAACAUCCUGGUCUUUCGUCCCAGAUGAUCCAGACUUCCGGAGAAUUCCUUCCAUCGGAUAUCGAAUUGAUGGGUUCUACCUCACUCGAAAUGCCUUUGCCCCUUCUUCGGAUACAGCUCAACAGAUCGUCGAGAAGUUCUUGGCUAGAAUGACUCGAUCAUUGGAAUCCAAAGAUGUCGCAGUUAUUGCCGGAUUAUUCCAGCCUGGAUUCGUGUUCAAAGGAUGCAGAAUAACUGGUGAUAAGAUCCUUGAUACCGGAUCGUCGAUCGAGUUCACUGUUCACGUCAGUGGAUUCCUAUCAGCUUCCACCGAAGUCAAAUUUCUCUUGAACAAGCUCGACCAACAAUUGGAGACAGGAGAUGUUACAAAUUGCUCACGUGGAUUCCUCGGAUUCUCCCAGCCAGAAGACUCGAAUGCAAUAAUUCACCGAUUCUUGAACCACGUGAAGCAAGUAUUUGCUUCUCGGUCACCAGUCCUCAUUGGAAACCUACUCGACGAUGGUUUCGCUUUCAAAACAUGUGGUCCACAUCCAAAAAGUGAAGUCGUCGAACAGAUUAUCUCUUUCUUGUCAUCCGGAGCCUUAAUCGAGUUCCCAUUGAUCGAGUCGAAAUGGAUCGAUCAGGGACAAAUCGAGUACCUUGCUGAAGUAAACGUUUCGAUGAUGGACAGAUUCCAGGCACGUUUCGUCUACUCUCCACAGAGAAAUGUUAUCAUGUCUGGAGGAUUCGAUGGUUGUCCGCUCAAAAGAUUCCGUGUUUUCUACUGA